CAGCCACACUGGCUUAUAAGCAUCAUCUUCUCCUGCACCGGAUUGUAAUGAUUGUUUUUUGCGCCGCAGAUGCUGACGAAAGGUUGCCAUAAGAGAAUUUUUUUUAUUUUUUAACUCAGGAAUCACAGCAUUUCACCAAUGAAUCAGCUUCUAUGCUGCUUAAGGUACUAUGAGAGUGCAGGUCAUAUUAGGCAAACUGCUUAUUUUAUGGGAAUGCAUGCAAGCACAGCUUGCAGAAUUGUUGGAAGGGUAUUAAGAACUAUAGCCAGCUUAUUCCCAAGUUAUGUCAAAAUUCAAUUAUUUAAUUGUAACACAGGAUAUUGAAAUGCCUACAAUACAGAAUCACAAUGUCAAUACUGCUCAAGAAUAAAUGAUUAAUUAUAUUGGAAAUCUUUGAAUGUUUCUUUUUCUCGAGUUAUAAUGCGAGG